GGGGGUGGACGGGACCUUUGAUUCUGAAACUGCCUGUUAGGAGGAUAAAGAUUUAACUCUGAACAAACAGUCAGUGCUAAAAAUCUCUCUCUCUCUGUGUGUGUGUGUGUGUGUGUGUGUGUGUGUGUGUGUGUGUGUGUGUGUGUGGCAAGCAAAUGAGAUGAAAGGUAAGUUGUUAUGUUCGACCUGCGCGCUGACACCACACAGACCCUGAAUAGUGAAAUAUGAUACUGAGCAGCUUUCCCGCCUUCCUCGAACUACUGGCUGCUCUGAAACUCAUAAAGAAACUGCUGCGGCUGAAAACCAGCAGGAAUGUCAACGAUUUCAGAGGAAGAGUGGAAAACAGCUAUGUUCGAGAUCCUCGAAGAGCUCGAUGUGCCACAGUACAAUAAGAUGAUGUUUUUUCUAUCGGAUAUCCCCAAAUAUGUAAAGACCACCAAGUCCAGAGAAGAGAUGCCCGAAGUAAUCAUUGAGCGCUACGGAGUGGAAGCAUCUGUCCAUAAAAUCCAUGAAAUAAUGGAUCGAAUACCUCGGAGGGACGCUGCAGUGCAGGACCGACUGCGCCCCUUUGUGGAAAGACUGAAGAAGAAACAGGAGGAUGAGAGAAGAGCACCAGGACCAUCAACAGGAGCAACUGGUGUCAGAGCUCUGACUGAUGGGCAAAAACACUUUGUGGAUGAACACCGAGUCGAGCUGAUCCAGAGAGUGAGCAACAUCGAACCGAUUCUGGACGACCUCCUACAAGAAGAAAUCAUCCAACAAGAAGCUUAUGAUAAAAUCAGUGCUCUGCCGACCUCUCAGGCGAAGGUGAGGGAGCUCUUCAGCAGCCCUCUGAAAGCUGGCGAUGCCUCCAAAGAAGCUUUCUACCAAAUCCUCAAGAAACAUGAGAAGAUGCUCAUUAAAGACCUCAGCUGAAAGAACUUUGUGUUUUUAACAGUUUGAACAUAAGAUGAAACAUUUUUAUAUUUGUGCAUCUAAUGUACAUCUUUGCCACCUUAUGUUGGGAUUAAAUUCAUUAAAAUUUGUGUGGUAAAUCACACAACAGCAUGUCA